GGAUCGUGGUGGCGGUGGAAGAUCCCGGGAUUUUCUCUCCCCAGCCCUGUCUUGUCCGGGUCGCCGGGGGCUGCCGGGCGGAGCUCCAGGAUGUGGAAACUGGUGCCCGCCUCGGGAAAAGAUGUUAAUCUUCAAGAAGAGCAAGGGAGCAAGAAAGAAAGAAAGAGGUUUUGUCUGUAAGCUAAAUGGAUAAUUCUAAUCAGAAUCACAGAAUUCAGAGUCACAGAAUAUUCUAAGCUGGAAGGAUCAUUGAGUCCAUUUCUUAAGUGAAUGGCACACAUGGGGAUAAAACCCACAACCUUGGCAUUGUUGGCAUCCUGCUCUGAGCAUAAAUGACGCAUGGCAAAGCUGAGAUUUAGAGAACCGUAUCGGCUUUUAAGCGGUGUAGAAUAUGUUGUUGGACGCAGAAACUGCACAAUUCUCCUUCAGGACGAUCAGUCUAUCAGUCGAAGUCACGCAGUUCUGACUGUAAGUCGGCCUGAAACAAGCCCUAGUCAGUGUCUCUCAGUACCUAUAUUAACAGUAAGAGAUACAUCCAAGUAUGGCACUUUUGUUAAUGGAUCAAAACUCAAUGGUGCUUCAGUGUCUUUGCAGUCAGGUGACAGAAUCAACUUUGGAGUCUUUGAGAGCAAGUUUAGAGUGGAAUAUGAACCUUUGGUUGUCUGCUCCUCGUGUUUAGAUGUAGCACAGAAAAAUGCUUUAAAUCAAGCCAUCCAGCAGCUUGGAGGCCUUGUAGUGAAUGAAUGGACAAAAGAAUGUACCCACCUUGUAAUGGUAUCAGUAAAAGUUACUGUUAAGACUAUAUGUGCUUUGAUUUGUGCUCGACCAAUUAUAAAACCGGAGUUUUUUUCUGAAUUAAUCAGAGCUAUUCAGUCCAGGCAACAGUUGCCAAAUCAUGAAAGCUUUUAUCCUCCAGUUGAUGAGCCUUCCAUUGGCAGUGAAAACUUGGAUUUAUCUGAGCAUCAAGAAAGGAAAAAAAUAUUCAGUGGAAAAACUUUUGUAUUUCUAUCUGCCAAGCAGCACAAGAAACUGGGUCCAGCAGUUGUUCUUGGAGGAGGGGAAGUAAAGUUGAUGACAGAAGGAAGAAAAGAAAUGCCUUUACUACUUUCUCCUGAAGUCUGUGUAGUUGAUGUGGGUUUGGCAAACUCUCAGCUCUCAGGAUCUGACUCUGUGACAAACUGGACUGAUUCCAUUCUGACUGACUUGGAAAGCAAGAAUCUUAGGGCUAUUCCAGAGGCAGAAAUUGGAUUGGCAGUUAUCUUCAUGUCUACAGAAAAAUACUGCAACCCUCAAAAGCAACCUGCUUCCAAAGCUGUAGCUGCAAGUUCUGCAUCGGCUGUCGUAGGCCGAGCCAUUUCCCAGAGUCCGGCUGUGGAUGAAGCCAUCAUGCCAACUGCUGCAGAUAGCAGCACCUUAUACAUACCUGAUACAGAAGAGCAGACAUGCAUGGAGAUAGAGAACACUUCCCAGGUGCAUAGACAAAGGAAAAUGGCUUUCCAGGAUACAGCUGGAAAGAAAAACAGUGGCACAAGUGGCAGUGUAAAUGCAGGACCAUCGAUACCUAGAGGAAACAGAACAUCUGGGUUCAGUCAAAGAAGUCAGCCUGUCUCACCAUCUAAAAUUCCAGAAGCUGGCAAACCUUGUGAGAGUGCUUCACGUCACCAGUCGAACUCAAUUAUGAAUUACUUCCAGGUUUCUAGAAAAAGGGAAAGAGCUGAAGAAGAAGAAACAUCUGUACCUAAAAUAGCAAAAUUGGAGGAAAGGUCAUCACCUCUUCCCAAGUGCACUGAUUCCACAACUUCAUUGAUCUGCAACAGUGAAGCAAAACAGCAUCAAAAGAAAAAUAACAUCCUUGAGCCAAACCCAAAUUUUGCAGAAGACAUGGGUAUAAAGUCUAUGAGGGAAAGUGUCAAACUAACAAGUGAUAGAACAGACACUAAAACCACUUCUAGUGAAAAUCAUGCACCAAAAAAGAGAAAGGAAUUAGAUGAUUUAUCUAAAGAUACAGAAGCACUAGAAAUUGUGUUUGGAAGUGGAGACAUAGACUGGGAAGAUCAAAUGGUAGAUCAUGACCAGGAAGCUCAAAGAAGUAAACGGAAAAAACAAUGUUUGGAAGCCAAAGGAAGCAGGAUUCCAGAAGUAAAUGUAAAUCAGCAAGAGGAGAAUAAAGUAUUGAAAGAAGAGGAUCUUGGAUCAGUUCUAACUUCAGAAAUGAAAAGUAAUAUCAAGCAAGAGUCUCCAGUCUUGAACCACAGCAAACUGCAAGAUGACUCCAGCAAUCUUCCUAGCAGGCUUCUGUUGACAGAGUUCAGAUCACUGGUUGUCAGCCAUCCAAGACAGAACAGUCAUCUGUCUGGAAAUACCAGCUAUGGGGGAAAGAAAAAUUUCAAAAUGUUCAAAAAGGUAGCUUACCCUGGGGCAGGACAACUUCCACACAUUAUUGGAGGAUCAGAUUUGAUUGCUCACCAUGCUAAAAAGAAUUCAGAGCUAGAAGACUGGUUAAGGCAAGAAAUAGAGGAACAGAACCGACAUGCAAGAGAAGAAUCACUUGCUGAUGAUCUCUUUAGAUAUGAUCCUAAUGUGAAAAGAAGAAGAUAAAUUGUGAUCUGGAUUUACAGUGUUUCUCUGGCAAAACCUGCUUUCUGUUCCUUAGGUUUCCUGGUUACAAUGUAUAUGAUGUUCCUAUAUAUGACCAUUUGAAUAUCUCUUACUGUAAUACAUGUUUUCUAAGUCUUGCUUUUAUUAAAAAAAGAGAAAAGUU